CUCGCAUCGCAGUGUGACUGUGUCAGUCAAGCGUGUAGCGUGCAGCGAUGAACGGAUUGUCACAGUCGCCGGUUCACAACCACGUGUCUGGUCUGAGGAAGGAGUCACUCGCCGCACGUCGAGGGUCCGCCGCCCUCAGUGUGACAGAGAGCAACGAUGACGUCACCGACUAUCGCCGCGUCAUGGUCAUCUACACAGGCGGUACCAUCGGCAUGGUCCGCGGCGAUGACGGAGCUCUGGUUCCUAUUCCUAAUGAGUUUGAGAAAAAGCUCCGUCAGAAUCCUCAGAUGCAUGAUGCUAAGUACGCCAAGGCGAUGUUCGGCUCAUCCUCGGACAUGGCACCGCUAGUUCUUCCGAAUGUUCAAGGGAUGCACAGAAUAGUGUACUCCAUCACGGAGUACGAACCUCUGCUGGACUCCAGUAACAUGACCAUGGCGGACUGGAGCACUAUAGCUUAUGACAUUCAUCAAGCUUAUGAGUUCUACGAUGGCUUUGUCAUCCUCCACGGGACUGACACAAUGUCCUACACAGCCUCUGCUCUGUCCUUUAUGUUGGAGAACCUGGGCAAGACAGUGGUCAUCACAGGCGCUCAGAUUUCAAUUUUUGAAGUGCGAAGUGAUGGUAUAGACAACUUUUUGUCUUCCCUACUAAUUGCUGGUAACUUUGUCAUUCCUGAAGUAACGUUAUUUUUUAACUACAAGCUUCUGAGAGGCAACCGCACUACAAAAGUUAGUUCUGAAAGCUUUCAUGCUUUUGACUCACCAAACACUCCUCCUCUGGUCAUUGCUGGCAUCCACUUUGAAGUUGACUAUCGCUCUAUCUUCCGACCUUGCACUUUGGAGAAGUUUGUUGUCCACUGUGAAUUAAACCAGAAUGUUGGGCUUCUUAGAGUAUUUCCAAGUAUUCAAACAAAAACAGUGGAGACAUUUCUGAAGCCCCCCAUAGAGGGAGUGGUGCUGCAGACGUACGGGUCAGGCAACAUGCCCAGCAACAGGGUGGACCUACUGGAGGUGAUAGCGGAAGCAGCCAAGAGAGGUGUGCUCAUCAUCAACAUCACACAAUGUGCCACAGGCUCUGUGUGUCCUGCCUACGAAACUGGCAAGAUGCUGUAUAGUUCAGGUGUAAUACCUGGCUAUGACAUGACCCCUGAGGCUGCUCUUACAAAACUUGCCUACGUCCUGUCAAAGUCUGACUGGGACCUCAAUACCAAGAGAAAUAUGCUGGAAAGCAAUCUGCGAGGGGAACUAACGAGUGGUAAAAUAAACCAAACACCAGUUUUGGAGGAUUGGGAUUUGAUUGAUGCUGUUGCAAGAUCAAUGCACAUCUCAUCCCCGACGGAGGUGAAGAUGUUGCACGCCAUCCUGUUCCCAGCGAUGUUGACCUCAGCUGUGGAAAAAGGUGACACAGGGAAGAUUGCAGAGUUGAAGAACUACGGAGCUGACAUUUCUGCUACCAAUCCAGACAAGCGGACGCCACUGCACAUAGCCUGCACGAUAGGUGAUGUUAAAGUGGUGAAGUUUCUACUGCUCAACGGAGCUAGUGUUCACAUGAAGGACAGGUUUGAUCAGACCCCACUGUUGGAUGCUGUCAAACAUGAUCACGUGGAAGUGAUCAAACUGUUACGAAGGUGCGGAGCUCACCUCACACUCACACCCAACCAGAUCGGCUGCCAGCUUUGCAGUGCUGCAAGCUAUGGCAAUUUGAAGAGGCUGCAGUCAUAUCAUGCAGCCGGAGCCAACCUGGGACAACCAGAUAUCAGCGGCCGCACUGCUCUGCACAUGGCAGCAUUGCACAGCUAUGCUGACAUUGCAAAAUUCCUCUUGUCAAAUGGAGUUGAUCCCCAAGCAAAAGAUCUCUUAGGGUUAACAGCCUUAGAAAUGGCCACAAAAACGGAGAACCAAGAAAUCAAAGACAUUUUAAAAAGCUCUGUAUAGUAUAUUGAUCUGUGUACGAUUUAAAGUAAAAUCAAUCUUUAUUUUUACUAAAACUACAUGGAAUAAAGACAAAGAAAAUGUGAUACAGGAAAAUAGUUUGUUCAAGAGUUAUUUCCAUAGGAAACAGUACAAUUAUUUUAAAACAUGUUUUUAUAUAGUUUUAAGGUUUGUAAAUAAUGUUUCUAUUUUGUUUUGUAGUAGUUUAUUAAAUUACAUAUAGCUAAAUCUCAGUAAUAAAAAUGAGCAGAUUAAACGUA